AUGUCAAGCGCGGAUUUCGAAAAGCUUUCGCUUCAGUUCAGUGGUCAGCAGAAUAGUCUCAACGAGCUCGUUUCGGCCAGACAACAGCUCGAAACGCAGCUUCAAGAGAACAAGAUAGUGAUGGCCGAAUUCGAGCACUUGAACGAUUCCUCAAAGAUUUACAAAUUAACUGGGCCUGUAUUGAUGCCACAGGAGUACGGUGAAGCCAAGUUGAAUGUGGGAAAAAGAUUAGAAUUCAUUGAGGCUGAAAUAAAAAGAGUAGAGUCGAAGAUUGCAGAAGAGGAAGCCAGCAUGGAGAAGACCAGAGAUCAAUUAUUGGCCAUAAGAUCGAGCAUGCAAUAG